UUCGAAAAAUAAAGAAUGAUCUAUGUAUAGAUCACGUCACGUGACUACUCUCGUCUUGAGAAAUUUUAGAUUGGUAAUUUUAGUUUCGAACAGAACCGCGUCGUGAUCGUUGCAUAAAAAUUAUUUUUUAUUGAUAUUUUUUGUGCAGUCUAAUUUGCAUUAAAACGAUUGAAAAUAAGGGAUGAAGAAAAAUACCUGAUUGGAAGGAAUUAGUUUAAAGUUAUUGAAGAUUAUGUCGAGAUCAAAACAAUUGGAUAGCAGUUGGACUCCUUCUGAAGAAUAUGAUUCUUCAGGAACAUCAAAUUCUGAACAAGAAGAAGAUGAGUUUGCAAAUAUUGGCUUUGUUGAGCAUCAAAUACAUGAAUCUGGCAAUUGUUUUUGCCAGAGUUGUCCAUUAGGUAAUGCUAAAAUGGUUAAUCUGAGGGGAAGUGUACCUAAUCUCUGUGCAUCCACAAAUUUAACACAUAUUGGGACUUUUCCACCUUUCUGUUCUGCAGUAUAUAAUAUGAGCAUUUGUUCAAAAACCAAUAACUGUCAAGGCAAUAAAGAGUGUAAAGGAAAUCGAAACAAUCAAUCGUUAGAAUUAGGAAAGAAACGACGAUUGAGGAAUAGAAUAGUACAUGAACAAAGAACUAAAUCACAAUCAAAUCUUCUUUUAAGAAGAAAAGACUUUCCUUAUUGUUGCUCUCUACAACACUUUCAAGCUGUACAAAAAUGGAACGAGUGUCAGGCAAAAACUGAGGAACGUUUAAAAAAAUUAGAAAAUGAACGUGGGACAUUACGUAUGGAAGUGUCAGUUUUGUCAGAUCAGGUAGAUGCACAAUCUAACAAAAUUCAAGAAUUGGAAAAUAUGCUUAGAGAAAAGAAGGAGUCACUCAGAAGAAUGGAAGAAGCAUUACAAAAAGAAGUACUGUCAAGAAGUGCUUUGGAAACACAGAAAUUAGAGCUCUUGAGUUCUUUAUCAGAAAUGAAGCUUAAACAAGCAAGUUUAGAGCAUGAAAAUCUUGCACUCCGUAGUACAAGUCCUGUAUCAAAUGGAGAGAAAUUUGGGAGGCAUACCAGCCAAUAUAGUAGUCUUCCUAGGCCACCGAGUUCUUCAAAGAAAGGUGUAGUGUUCGGUAAGGUACCCAGUUUAGUUUCUGGAGUACACACAACAGUACCAUUCGCCGUUAAAGGAGCCUCCGCGAGAUGCCUGUCUGCACCUACUCUAGCUGAAGAGGAGAAAACAAUCAUAGGAGAUACAAAUUCCCAAAUAGAAUCGAUUCAGAAACCUCUGGUAGAACUUUCAAUGGAAGAAAUUGGAGAUUGGCUUGCAAAUUUAGGAUUAGAAUGUUACGCGGGUGAAUUGAGGCGAUGGGGUGCUACUGGAACAAAAUUGUUAGAAUGCUCGCAGCAACAAUUAGAAAAGGAAUUAGAAAUUAAAAAUGUUCUCCAUAGAAAGAAAUUAUUGUAUGCGGUAGAAUCAGAAAAAAGUGGUGGAGCUGAAUUUUUUGGAUCAGAUAAGAUGGAUAAUGCAGCAGUUUUGCGAUGGUUGGAUGAUAUUGGGUUACCACAACAUAAAGAAGCUUUUCAAAAUGGUAAAGUUGAUGGCAGAAUGUUACACAGACUCACCACUGAAGAUCUUUUAAAUCUUGGAGUUACUGCACAGUUACAUGCUGCAAGUCUUAGACGGGGAAUUCAGAUUUUACGAGAACUAAAUUUUGAAUUUGAUAACCUUGAAAGAAGAUCUACAAAUGGUAAUGGAGCAGAGGGUGGUAAUGUUCAUCUGUGGACAAAUCAUCGAGUAAUGGAAUGGCUUAGGGUAGUUGAUUUAGCAGAAUAUGCACCAAAUAUGAGAGGAUCUGGAGUACAUGGAGGUUUAAUGAUGUAUGAAGGCAGAUUUACUUCAGAAUUACUGGCCACAUUACUUAGUAUUUCUCCAGGAAAAACUCUUCUUCGUAGACAUUUAACUACACAUUUCAAUCAAAUUCUUGGAAGAGAAGUUGUACAAAGGAAAAGAGAAAUUGAGAGUAGCCUUGGAUUCGUUCCACUUACGCUUACUGCUCGUUUAAAGGUACCCAAGAAAUCUCAGUUUACUUUAAAACGCAAAAAGAGCAAGAAUGAAGCAGAUUAUGGUAAUUUGGUUUGUCCUUUGGAUGCUUCACCACCAGGUACUCCAUCAACUCCUACUUCGACACCAGGCAGCCCUAACUUGAAUUCACCUACAUUCUAACAAUAGUCACAGAUCACAGUCUCAGCCAGGAGAUAAUAGACAGAGAAGAGUUAUUGGUUGCAUCUGACAAAAGUAAUUACGCCUGUAAAUAAGAAAAAUGUUCUAGGGACCAUUGUUUCAUCUUCUUAGACUAAGCCUUACUAUUUAAU